AUGUUCUCUAUUUCAAUCUAUGUAAAAAGAUUAGUACUGUUUGACGAGGCCGUGGUAAGCCUGUUUGGUGGAGAGGAUGCUAUCCAUGAUUCUUUUUUCUAUCUCUGUGGCCGACUUCUGUCCAAGAAGGCGGUGGUGCUUUCAUCGUUUUCGGCGGCGAUCUCCAAUGUUUGGGGAUUGAAGGAGAGGGUUUUGAUCCGGCAGGAGGAGGAGGACAUCUUUGUCUUCCAAUUUAAGGAGAUGGAGGUGAAGAAUCGGGUACUCUCGGGGGGUCCUUGGUUCUAUAACAACUCCAUGCUGUUGCUGGCGGAUUACGACGGAGUCUCUGACCUAGGAGCGGCGCCGCUGCAUCUCCUUGAGGUGUGGGUGGCUGUGAAAGGGUUGCGGAUAGCGAUGCGGAAUGAGAAAGCCCUAACCCUAAUCGGACGCGUACUGGGGGACUUUGUUCGCGUUGAUCAGGGGGCGGUGCAAAGGAAGGAUCAUGUCCAGAGGAUCCGUGUGAUUCAUGAUGUUCGCCGGAGGAUUUGGGCGCAACGGAGGUUUGUCUUUUCAUCGGUUGUUUCGGUGAUGGUGGAGUUACAAUAUGAAAAAUGCCAUGGGUUGUGUGCGGCUUGUGGUUUUUUUGGCCAUGGGGGAGGUCCGUGUGACGGAAGGUUGGCGGCGGAGGCGCUCGGGCUGGUGAUGCCGGGCGGUGAGGUAUCGAAUAGGGAGGGCUUGAGCUCGGUGUCCGGACCGCGAGAUUCUCCGAUGGCCGCUGUCGUGUGGCCGGAAGUGCUUUCUCCGGUGUCAGAGAUUCUGGGUUUGGUGGCGGAGGCGGCUGGUGAGCAGGUGGUGACGGUGGGUGGCUCUGAGUUGGAGGUUGCAGACGUUGCAUCUGGGAUGGCUGCUCCGGAAAAACCGGCGGGAAACCCUAAUUUUGAUUUAGGGUUGACCGUAGCUUUGACUGGGGGCUUGAUUGGGGUUGUUGGGCUGGGAGAGCAAAGUUUGACUGGGUCCAAGUCUGUUGGGCCUUCUGCUGGGCUUGCUGCUGGAAAAAGUCCAAACUUGGGCUUGGGUGUGAGAAAAAAGGUUUUUAAACCUAGUCUGGCAAUUAUUCCUCCGGAAUUCCAAUUGGGUGAAUUAGUGGAGGUUCCGAUUUCGAUGGGAGUAGCUCCAAAGAAGAAGGGUCGUCCGCCUGGACGCCGGGCUAAACAGUUACAAUCUCCAAAGAAAGCGGAAGGUACUGUUGUCGGUGUGGAUUUAUGCUCCAACUCGAAUGGGAAGGAGCUGCUUAUUGUUUGA